CUCAACUUCUGAGCAAAUCCAUAUCAUACUAUUACGUGCUCACAACGCUCCCUGCCAGCGAUAGGUGUAAUUAUAGUGACAUUUCAUCGGCAUCAAAUCUUUUACACGGGGUCUAUCUUCGUAUUUAAGAUACCUGCACCGUCACGAUGAACCGACUUGCUUCUCGCAUGAUCAUCGUGUCUUAUCCGAAGGCUAUCAUGGGAAAGCCGCCCGCGCAGCGUGUAUGAUAUAGACAUGCUCUGUGUAUCUACAUUGAUACAGAGCCCUCCAUGUUCUCGUACAUUGCUCAUCGUCGCGCAUGCAACACAAAGCAGAAGGAACGCCGCGAGCGGAUCCAGAUGCUCCCUGCAUUCUACCAUGCAUCGCUGAGCGCAUCCGAUAAGACAAUCAUCGCCACAUCUAUCUCGCAGAUCGUGUCGAGCGUACAGGGCGGUGCUCUAAAGCCCAUAGAAAUCCUCACCGCCUACAGCAAAGCUGCCCUCAAGGCGCAUGCUGCGACAAACUGUCUUACCGAAGUAAUGCUACCAGAGGCAGAGGAAUGGGCGCGGAAUUGCAACACCAAGGGCCCACUGGCGGGCCUGCCUGUAAGUCUGAAGGAUGAGCACUCCGUCAAGGGCUUCGAUGCUUGUAUUGGGUAUUCAGCGUGGGUGGGCAAGCCGAUGGAGAAGGACUCCGCACUCGUGCGGCUGCUCCGUGAUGCGGGUGCGGUGCCGUAUGUCAAGACCAACGUGCCCGUUACGAUGCUCUCCUUCGAGGCUGCGAACGACGUCUUUGGCACGACGACGAACCCACACAACAAGAACUUCGCGCCUGGUGGUUCGUCGGGCGGUGAGGCCGCUCUUCUUGCGUUCGGCGGCUCUCGCGUCGGCAUUGGCUCGGACGUCGCAGGCUCUGUGCGAGUUCCCUCGCACUAUUCCGGCGUCUACACGAUCAAAGCGUCAUCUUACCGGUUCCUGAAAACCGGCAACGCACACACCAGCAUUCCAGGUGAAGAGGGCGUGCCUGUGUCAUUCUCACCCAUGACACGCACGCUCGAAGACCUCGAGACGUUCUGGCGCGCAGUGAUGAGCAUGAGCCCAUGGGAGUACGACCACGCGGUCCUGCCGAUCCCCUGGCGCGAUGUUGACUUGUCUACCGAUAAGGGCCUCCGCUGGGGGGUCAUGUGGGAUGAUGGUGUCGUGAGGCCCUCCCCUGCAUGUAAACGUGCACUUGCAACGGUUGUUUCCACCUUGGAAGCGAACGGUCACAAAGUGGUUCAGAUAGACCCUCCGAGCCCAUAUGAGGGCCUAAAGAUCGCAUCCUUGCUUCUGAUGGCUGACGGCACCAAAUGCUGCAUCGAGCCGCUUCAAUUUGGCGAGUUCAACGACCCGGGCGUCGUCCAGGCACUCGCGAUGUUCCGCACGCCACGCAUCAUCAAGAAGCUCUACGCUUGGUACCUUCGACACAUCCGCGGUGACGAGCUCUAUGCGGGCCUCGUCGAGGCAUGGAGCGAGAAGACCGUGCCGGAGUACCUCGCGCUCGUAGCGCAGCGUGAGGCGUACCGGGAACGCUGGUUCGACUUCAUGCGCGAGCAGCAGCUCGACUUCAUCCUGACGGUGCCCAAUUCGCUUCCUGCGGUGCCGCAUGGAGGGAUGCUGGAGGGAUGGAAGGCAUGUGGGUAUACUUUCUUGUGGAAUCUGCUUGAUUACACUGCAGGCAUUCUGCCUAUCACGCACGUCGAUCAGAACCGCGAUGCCCUUGGUGCGUUUAAGGCCAAGAACGCCAUCGAAGGUGGCGCAUACCGUAUGUAUGAUGCGAAAAAGAUGCAUGGCCUGCCGGUAGGCGUGCAGAUCGUCGGGAAACGCCUACAAGAGGAAAAGGUGCUCGAGGGCAUGAAGAUCAUUGAUCGGCUCCUAAAGCAGGAAGGGAAGGCAUACACACUCCUGGAACCUAGCGAUAUGUGAGAAGAUCAUAUUUGCAUAGUUUUUAUCUUGACCAGCUUGCCCGCGGACCCAUGUCAAAUCCGUAUGAAGAUCGUCGGUAGCUGUAAAAUCGCUCAUACCUGGCUCGUUGAUGAGCAGGAACCUCGUCACUUCUGUUAUCGGCACUGUGCUUGACAUGAAUAUCAGAUGUGCGCAUGUUGUAAGGUUGAAUUGCCAGUGAGAUACGAAUAUGAUGGAAC